AUGUCCGGCUUCCCGUCUCCUCUGUCAUCUCGCAGCAUCCGUCCUUCCUCGGAAGUGUACUUCAAUCAGCAGUCGCAGGCAAACAACGCGGAGGAUCCGUUGGACCGUGCGGCUCAGCAGUGGCUGGCAGACAUUGAUCAGUACGAAACCACCCUGGAAGAGAUGGCUGCCGCCACCCUGGAUCAGGACUUCAAGGAUGAGCUCAGUGCCAUCGAGCAGUGGUUUCGGGUGCUCAGCGAGGCGGAGAGGACGGCUGCCCUCUACGCUCUGCUGCAGCAGACCACCCAGGUGCAAAUCCGCUUCUUCAUUCAGGUCUUGCAGCAGAUGGCCAAGAGCCAUCCCAUGUCGGGCCUGUUGUCCCCCGCGAACUUUGGCGAGAAGGAUGCCAUGUCUAACCGUCUGAACGAUGCCAUGUCCAAGUUGAACGUGGAUAGUUCCCGGAAUUCUCUCGGUCGCCCCCCGCCGUCUCCGGGUGCCAAGCGCAACUCCGGACUCGACCCGUCCACGAUCAAUGCCAUGUUCCCGGAUGCUGCAGCUGCCAUUGCGAAGAAGAAGGCCGAGUUCACCCAGCAGACGGGCAAUGCUCCGCCCUCGAACCGCAACAGUGCCGUGUUUGACCGGACGUCCUUCGUGGCCCCCACGAUCUCCGCUCCGGACAGCAACACCGAUAGCCUGGGCCAGCCUCCGGUCUCUCCCUGGGCCCAACGCGGUUCCGAACCUCAACCUCCUAUCGCCCGACCCAAGUCAUCCUCUGGCCACCAGCCCAUGGGCCAAUUCAGCCAGACUCCGUCGAGCCUGCGCUCUCCGCUCCCUACGCAAACGGCCACGAUUCCGGCCCCUGAGAUUGAUGCUCCUUUGCUCUCGCCGUACAAUGUUGGGAAUGCCAGCUGGGCCUCCAUGACCAACACCCCGAUGACGGCAACUUUCGGUCAGCAACCGCAGCAGCCCCAGCAGAACUCGCAGGCCGAUAUGGUGGCCAACGCGACUGCCAUGAAGCUGGCCGCCCUGUCCACCGUGAACAACCGGAUUGCUCUGGAUGACGCUCGUAAGUACCGUCGGGCUCGGUCCAACGACGGUCAGGGCAAGAACUCUGCGAAUGCCAGCCACGCCAUGUCGGGUGGCCUGGCGAGCCCGGGCCUCCCGGGCCACAACCACCACCUCGUCGCUGGACAGCUGUUGAACACGCAGCAGCUGGCGGCCUUGCAGGCCCAGCAACAUGCCGCGAUGGCGGGUCGUCGCUCCCGCCCGACGUCGCCGGGCAUUGCCAUGCAGGGUGGCGGACUCGGUCCCAUGGGCUUCACCUCGCCGCAGAACAACGGUUUCCUGGCGGCGUAUGACCCCAACAACCCGCUCAUGGGCAACGGACUGAGUGCGCUUGGCAUUGGGCAAUUCGGGCUGGGUGGACCCGAGGGCUAUCUCUCGGACCACUCGGAGGUUGCUCGCGGCCGGUCCCCGCGUGGGCGUCGCGGUAGCUCGAAGCCGCCGGAGGACCCUACCGACCCUACCCUGCUGAAGGACAUCCCCAGCUGGCUGAGAUCGCUGCGGCUGCACAAGUACACGGAGAACCUGAAGGAUUUGAAGUGGACGGAACUGGUUGAAUUGAACGACAAGGCGCUGGAAGAACGCGGUGUCAAUGCUCUGGGCGCCCGAAACAAGAUGCUCAAGGUUUUCGAGCAAGUUCGGGAAGCCAAGGCGGAGGGCAAGCUUGACAACAUUGCCUAG